AGCCCCCGUGCGCAGCCUCGGCCCGAGGCGCAUGGAGCCGAGCGCGAAGGCAGAGCGGGGUCAGCCGCGAGGCGGGCGACAGCGACAGCCACCACUGGUGGCACCUGGAGCUCCGAGCCCGAGCGACAGCGACUCCACCUGGAGCCCCCGGACGGCCCAGACGGCGACCGACGUCCUGGCCUCGACGUCGAGCCACGGUGACUCAGAGACGGGUAGCCCUCCAGAAGCUCCUGCGAGGGAAAAUGACCUGCUGCGAGAGAGAGAGGAGCUGUCGCGAAGGCUGUUGGACGCGGCGCACAGAGGGGACAUGGGCUGUCUCAUGGAGCUCAUCGACGCUCACGGACCAGAGCUUAUUUUCACAAAGAGCGGCUCCGCACGGACCGCUCAUAUCGACGCUCGCGGGCCGGCGUUCCUCACGUUGCACGCCAUAGCCACGGGGAGUGGCCACACAGAGGCGGCACAGUAUCUGAGCGAGGUUGCCACAAAGUCGCUGGUAUAUAGGCUGCUGACGCUCAUCAAAUGCUACCAUCCAGCCCUGGGCGAUGCGAGGGCGCUGUUGCUUGAUGAGGUGGCGCGCCACGUGGAGGCUGGGGCUCACCUGGGCUUCGCGUCGGGGUGCGCGGGCCUGAUGCCCCUGCAUGCGGUCUGCCGCCUGCAACCCGAGCCAGCCGACGGCGCGGACGAGGAGCUGGAGCUGCAAGCAGAGUGUGCGGCGCACGCCGUGGAGGUGCUCGCGCAGGAAGCGCCUCUGGCGCUCCUGUGCGCCUGCAGGGCGACGGGGGCCCUGCCGCUGGAGAUCGCGGCGGGCAACAGGGAGCUCGGGCCCGCUCUCGUACCCAGGCUGGCCGCUGCGCUUGGGGCUGUGCUGCUGAGGCACCCGGACCUCGCCAGGUCGGAGGCCGUCAACCGAGCUGCCGAGAAGGCGGCGUGGGUGAUGGGCGACUGCGGUGCGGCUGGCAGGCUGCGCUCGCUGGUGCGGGCAGCACGGGCAGGCGCGGGCGAGCAAGAGGGCGCUGCCGCGCCCCCUUCGCCGGCGGCCGCCUUCGAGUCUUGGGCGGCCCGCUGCAGGCGCCUCGACGCCCUGGAACCGCUGCUCUCCAGGGUCCAUGUCCACGACCAGCACCCAGAGGCCGCGGAGUCUGCCGCGAAGGCGGCCGAGCUGGAGUCCCUGCUGAGGCACCAGCAGAGUGCGCACGACCGCAAGGUGGCGGAGCUCACGGAGGCGCUCAACAAGGCACAACGCUUGGCAGAGCGCGCAGCGCGCGGUGCCGCGGGCAGCGGCCGCGCUGAGCUCUUGCUGCCAGGCGGGGCAGCGGCCACUCGCAGCGCCACUGCGUCCACCACCAGGAGCCUCUCGGCCUCGGCUGUCACGGGCGCUGUGCCGGAAGGGGACGAGGGCGACGUCAUCGCCCGCAUACGGCGCCAGCGUGGCCUCGACCUGGACCUCUGUGGCGCUGGCCUCCCUCCCGCCGUCGCGGAGAGUGCGGCGGCCAUGCAGCGCAGCUUGGGUGCCGCGGUGGAGCGGCUGGCCCGCGACCUGUACACCUCGCGCGGCCACCUGGUCUUCGAGCUGCUGCAGAACGCAGACGACAACUCGUACGCGGAGGGCGCCUCUGCAUACCUGCAGCUCCAGUUGGGUAGGGGCCCCCAGUCCAUGUAUUUUGCGUCGGUCAACAACGAGGUGGGAAUGAUGCCCCAGGACGUGGAGGCGCUGUGCGACGUGAACAGGUCCUCCAAGCACGAGGGGCAGAUCGGGCGCAAGGGCGUCGGGUGGAAGUCGGUCUUCGCCGUGAGCGCGCGCCCCACGGUGCUCUCGCGGCGCUUCCUCUUCUGCUUCGACGUCGAGCGCCUCGGCAGGCUGGGCUACGUCACCCCGAGGGCCCUCUCCGCGCCGGACGUGGCCGCCAUCCCUGCAGAGCUCCGCGCGGCCCACUCGGGCCCGCCAGGGGCCACCGUGGUGUUCCUGCCGCUGGCCGCGGGGGCCGCGGAGGCCGCGGAGGCCGCCGAGGCCAUCCGCGGCUGCGCCGGGGCGCUGCUGGACGCCCCGGCCUGGCUGCUCUUUCUGCGCCGGCUGCGGCACCUCGAGUGGGAGGACCGCUCCGUGUCGCCUCCGGUGCGGAUCGUGGUGGAGCGGACCGCCGGCGACGUCGUCACGGUGCGCCGCGGUGGCGGCGCGCCCGAGGAGACCCGCUACCUGGUCCACAGGAGGCGGGUCAGGGCCCCGCCCGAGCUCCGUGGUCCUGGCCGAGGAUCGGUGGAGGACGAGGAGGUGGUCGUCGCGUUCCGUGGCGGGGGCGCACCCUCUUCCAGCGUGCCCGCGCCGGACUGGGCGGCCGACGCCGGCGACGGGCCCGGGGACGAUGAGGGCCCUGUGCCUCCGGUGUUCUGCUUCCUGCCGGUGCGACCCGUGGGCUUCCGCUUCCUGCUCCACGCCCCCUGGACUCUGACGUCGAACCGGGAAGACUGGCACGUGGAAGAUCCGCGCAACCUUUGGUUGCGCGAAGAGGCGGCUAUUGCUCUGGCGGAGGCGCUCCGGCGCUUCGGUCCGGCGCUCGCGGGGGGUCUCGCGGUGCUGGACGCGCGGCGGGUCGUGGAGCCGUUCUGGCAGCGCCUGCUGGAGGAUGCAGCCAAGCAGCUGGGGGACGCGGCCAUCGUGCCGUGCGAGGAUGCUGCAGGGACAGUGCUUGCCAGGCCGUCGGAAGUGCUCGCGCCGACCGCAGCGCUGGCGUGUUGCCCGGGCGCCCUGCUCUUCCUGCGUGCGGUGCCAGCUGCGCAGUGGCUGCGGCAGACUGGCAAGCGCUUGGCGCUGCUCGGCGGCCUGGCGGGCGGUGCGGUCGAGAGCGCGAGGCGUGCGCUGGCGCUGGGCGCAGAGGUCCUGAGCCUGGAGAGGCUGCGGCAGCUACUGGAGGCGCCAGAUCUCAGCUGGAAAGUAGGGCAGCCACAUCUGCUGAGCUCGCUGUACGAGCUGCUGGCCUGCUUCCUCGCUCCAGGCGGUGGCGACUCGGUGGCGGGCGGCUCUGCGUGCCCGCGCCUCGUAACGACGGUGGCGGAGCUGCAGCAGCUACGCAUGCUGCCCCUGGCGUCUUUCCAGCUCGGAGAGGCCUUGUCGACGCCGGCCGGUCAUUCUGGGGGAUGGGCGCGGCUAGCUGACGGGGACGUGUUCUUGCCCGCUGCGGCUGACGCUUGGUGCCCUGGUUUGGAGGCUGCCACUUGUGCGCUGCUUGUGGGCCACAGCGGUGUGCGAGUGCUGUGCUGGAAGGCUUGGCGGUCACUUCCAGCUGCUGGGCAGCGCUUCCUGCAGAGACUCGGGCUCAGGGAGGCAUCGCUGCACGCCGUCGCCGCCGCCGUGGCGCGCGCCCACGCGCUGUGCUCGUCGGAAUCCGUGCAGGUCCCCUCUGUGCGCGAGGCGUUCGCCGUGGGCGCCGCCUCAGAGCUCGAGGCCUCCCACGUGGUGCUGGCGGGCCUGGAGGCCAUCGGCGCUGCACACGCCCAGGCCUUUGCCGCCCUCGUCGGGGGAGGCGCUCCGGGCGGUGGCCACUGCGACCCGGCGGCCGAGAGCGGCCCCCGCGGCUGCGCCGGCGUGGCGGCUCGGCCGGACCGCGGGGGGCUGCGCCUGGAUGCGAGCGCCCUCGGCCAGCUGCUGUGGCUGCCGUGCACGGGGGGAGGCCGCGCCGGGCCGUCGCCAGACGCGCUGCCCGGGCCUCCGUCGUGCCCCGGCGAGCCCGGCGCGGCCGCGGCGCCGCGCCCCGUCGUGCUCCGCCGGCCCUCGGACACGCGCCUCUCCUCGCUGCUGGGCGUGCCCGCCGAGGAGGCGGCGCAGGAGCACAUCCACGCCGCCGCCCUUCCGGCCCGCUGUUGUGGAGCAUCCUCAGCUGCGCGGCGCCUGUCGCUUCGGUGGGAGGCUUUCCUGGCCGAGCUGGGCUGCCGGCUGCCCCUUGCACGGAGCAUCGAGCACGAGGCCUUGGGCGCCCAGCUGGUCAGCGAGGCGUUCUGGGAGGAGCUCGCUGCCUCCGCGAGCCUGCGCAAGCACGCCGCCCGCGUGUUCCGCGAGCUUGGCCAAUACCUCAGCGGCCUGGAGAUCCCCGAGGCCUUCUUCGGUGCCCGCCCUGGCCCCCGGCGGCUCUCGCGCUGCUUCCUGCGGUCAGCCUUCGAGCCGCUGGCGGGCGCUGGCGCGCUGCCGUACGUGGACGCGCCAGGGCCGUGCGAGCCGCUGCUGGAGCUGCUGCGGGUGCCG